CACCACUAGUUCUUCUUUCGUCGGCAACGUUGUGCAGAGCACGGCUACAGAUUUGUUAAACGCGAAUUUACCCCACAAAAACGCAUUUAAAAUGGCUUUCGGUGAUGUGAAGACCCCGCAGGGACUGAAGGAGUUGAACAACUUCCUGGCCGACAACAGCUACAUCAGCGGAUACACUCCCAGCAAAGCCGAUCUGUCCGUGUUCGAGGCUCUGGGCAAGGCCCCCGCCGCCGACAAUGUGAAUGUGGCCCGUUGGUACCGUCACAUCGCCUCCUUCGAGGCCGCGGAGCGCGCCGCCUGGACUGGAGCUCCUCUGCCCCAGUUGGCCGGUGGAAAGCCCACCGUGGCCGCUGCUCCUGCCAAGCCAGCCGCCGCCGACGAUGACGACGAUGUCGAUCUAUUCGGAUCCGAUGACGAGGAGGACGCAGAGGCCGAGCGCAUCAAGCAGGAGCGCGUCGCCGCCUACGCCGCCAAAAAGUCCAAGAAGCCCGCCCUUAUUGCCAAGUCGUCGGUGCUCCUGGACGUCAAGCCCUGGGACGACGAGACAGACAUGAAGGAGAUGGAGAACCAUGUCCGCACCAUCGAGAUGGACGGUCUGCUGUGGGGCGCCUCCAAGCUCGUGCCAGUCGGCUAUGGCAUCAACAAGCUUCAGAUCAUGUGCGUCAUCGAGGACGACAAGGUCUCCAUCGAUCUGCUGCAGGAGAAGAUCGAGGAGUUCGAGGACUUCGUGCAGUCCGUCGACAUUGCUGCCUUCAACAAGAUCUAAGCACUGAGAUUCAUAUAUUUUCAAUAAACAUGAGCAAAGCGAAGUAACUAAAAA